AUGUCUACCAUUACCAUCCUCGUCGUCGGCGCAACAGGCCAACAAGGGGGCUCCGUGCUCACCGAGCUCUCUCGCCAACUCUCCUCUAUCACCACCACCACCACAGCAACACCCGAACCCGAGGCGAAGAUCAAGCCCAAGGUCAAGGUCCUCGCGCUAACCCGCUCGGCCUCCUCGGCCAAAGCCCAGGCCCUGCCGUCCAAGUACCCGUCGCUGGACCUGCGCGUCGUCGAGGGCGACGCGCGGGACCCGGAGCCCAUCUUCCAGCAGCACCCGGACAUCCGCGCGGUGUUCAGCUACACGACGCCGCCGGACGAGGAGCCGCAGGCCACUCGGCUGGUCGACGCCGCGCGCGCGCACGCCUCGUCGCCAGAGGAACCCACCCAUUUCGUCUUCUCGAGCGUCGACCGCGGCGGCGAACUCAAGUCCUGGGAUUCCCCGACCAACGUCCCGCAUUUCGCCCAGAAGCACAAUGUCGAGGUGCAUCUGCGCCGCGUCGCGGGGGCGUCAGGCGGGAUGUUGACGUACACGAUAUUGAGGCCGGUUGCGUUUAUGGAUAAUUUGAACCCCGGCGGCGCCUUCGGCAUGGUAUUCGCCAGCCUGUGGAACACGAUACCCCCCACGCGCAAGCUGCAGCUCGUCAGCGUGCGGGACAUCGGGGCCUUCGCGGCGGCGGCGCUGCUGCGUCCGACGUCGGCGCGCUUCCGCAACCGCGCGGUCGGGCUCGCGGGCGACGAGCUGACCCUCGCGGAGGCGCGCGAGAUCUACGCGGGGCUGUCCGGCGGCGCGGCGCUGCCGCAGGCGUGGAACGUGGUCGGGUGGGCGGUGCGCGGGCUCGUGGCGCGCGACGUGGGCGCCAUGUUUCGAUGGUUCGAGACGGACGGGUAUGGGGUGGAUAUACGCGCGCUAAGAGAUGGACAGGAUGAGGGGGAGGGGGAGCCGAAGGUGCAGGAUUUGGAGACGUGGUUGAGGGAGAGUAGCAAGUUUGAGUUUGAGGGGAAGGAGUAG